GUUGGCCAAUCGCUGGCGACCAAAUCAUACCCAUUGCAACCGGUGCAUUUGUGUGUGUAUAAAAGUCCUAAACAGCGGCUUUUCUGAGUUCGCCUUUUUGUUUAUGGUGGGUGCAAUAAUAAUCGACAUACGGGACAGCGCACAGCAUAAGUUCGGUGGAAUACAAUCGGCUGCUAGUUAAUCACGGUCAGCCCGGUACCAAGGCGAUAGCAGACACCUCUUUCCCAUUCUUCUACUGGUAAUAGCUACGUGGCCAGAACAACAACACCUCAUCAACAUUUCAACGAUGAUUCCGCGGGUGGUUGCGGGUGUUUUGGUGCUUUUCUUUGCGGCCAGCACACAGGCCCUUUACUCAUCAUCCGAUGAUGUCGUGGCACUGACGACGGCCAACUUUGAUCGUACCGUAGUAAAGAGCGACGAAGUAUGGGUGGUUGAGUUUUAUGCACCGUUCUGUGGCCACUGCCGUAGCCUGGUGCCGGAAUACAAAAAGGCGGCCACCGCACUGAAGGGUGUGAUCAAGGUCGGUGGAGUGAACUGCGAGGAGGAGCAGGGCCUUUGCGGACAGCACGGUGUACGAGGCUAUCCGACCAUUAAGAUCUUCGGUGCGAACAAACGAUCUCCGGUGGAUUACAAUGGACAGCGUACGGCCAAGGAUAUCGCGGAGGCAGCGUUGGCGGAGGCGAAGAAAAAGAUCAAGAACGUUCUCGGCGGUGGCGGUGGUGGUGGUGGUGGUAGCAGUAGCGGCGGAAGUGAUAGUGGCAGCGGAUCCAAGGACGACGUUAUCGAGCUAACUGAUGCAAACUUCGACAAGCUGGUGUUGCAAGGCGAGGAAGCAUGGUUGGUAGAAUUCUUCGCACCGUGGUGUGGUCACUGCAAAAAUUUGGCACCACACUGGGCAAGGGCUGCGACGGAGCUGAAGGGCAAGGUGAAGCUUGGCGCUCUCGAUGCAACGGUACACCAGCAGAAAAUGGCCGAGUACGGUGUGCAGGGUUUUCCGACGAUCAAAUACUUCCCGGCUGGCACGAAGGAUCGCAACUCCGCCGAAGAUUACAACGGUGGCCGCACAUCGUCCGAUAUUGUAAACUGGGCGCUCGAUAAGUACACCGAAGACAUCCCUAGUCCGGAAAUUGUGCAGCUAACCUCGGAACAGGUUGCACGGGACACGUGCCAGAAGAAACCGUUGUGUGUUGUAGCCGUGCUGCCACACAUUCUCGACUGUAAUGCCGAAUGCCGCAACCGGUACGUGCAGAUCCUGCAGACGAUGGGCGACAAGUACAAGAAGAAGGAUUGGGGUUGGCUGUGGACGGAGGGUGGCGCACAGCUCGACCUAGAAUCGACACUUGAUAUCGGUGGUUUCGGCUAUCCGGCCAUGGCUGUGGUUAAUCUGAAGAAAAUGAAGUACUCGCUACUGCGUGGCUCAUUUUCCAAUGAUGGAAUCAACGAAUUUUUGCGAGAUCUUUCCUUUGGCCGAGGUCAUACGGCACCGGUGAAGGGUGCGGAGCUGCCAAAGAUUCACACCGUCGAACCGUGGGACGGUAAGGACGGCCAGCUACCCGAGGAGGAAGACAUCGACCUGUCCGACGUGGAUCUGGACGAGAAGGAUGAGCUGUAAGAUUAGUCAAAGGACUGCGCCAGCAAGCUAGCUGGGAGAACAAUUCCGUCUUUCGGUUUGCCAGUUUUCCCCCAUUCGCGAUAUCUUCCCAUGGAAGCGCUUCGUGUGCUGUAGGUUCGUAAGAAUAGGAGAUUGCAACACAGAAAGGAUGCAUUGUCCAUGCACAACAGCAAAGUAACAGUCAGUUGCAUUUACCAGUUACACACAACCAAUAACACCACUCCCAAACGUUGGAUUUUACCGGUUAUAUUCCGGAUGGGAAAAAGUGUAUAAUUUCCAUUGUAAAGUAUCAGAGAUCAGAGAGGUGAGAAAAAAAAUAAUAAAGAACUGAUAGGAAAAUAUA